GCUCAAGAAAACACAAACACACACAGAAAAGAAAACCAAACAGACUGUAUAUUACUUUUAACCGGAAAGAUGAAUCAAGAAGAGCAAGUAACGGUUUUGGGGUUAUGGGGAAGUCCUUUUAGCAAAAGAGUAGAGAUGGUCCUUAAACUUAAGGGCAUACCUUAUGAGUACAAUGAAGAAGAUGUUUAUGGUAACAAAAGUCCUAUGCUUCUCAAGUACAACCCCAUCCAUAAGAAAGACCCUGUCCUCGUCCACAAUGGCAGAUCAAUAGCUGAAUCUCUGGUGAUUGUCGAAUACAUCGAAGAUACGUGGAAGACAAGUCAGACGAUAUUGCCUCAAGAUCCUUAUGAGCGUGCCAUGGCCCGUUUUUGGGCUAAGCAUGUGGAUGAAAAGGUAAUGGUAGCAAUGUGGAAGGCUUGUUGGGGACCUAAAAGCGAAAGAGAAAAAGAAACGAAAGAGGCUUAUGAGGGUUUGAAAUAUCUAGAAAAAGAGCUUGGAGAUAGACAUUUUUUCGGAGGAGAGACAAUUGGAUUUGUCGAUAUAGCGGCUGAUUUCAUUGGAUAUUGGCUAGGGAUCGUCCAAGAAGCUUCAGGCGUCACGAUCAUGACUGCAGAGGAGUUUCCAAACCUUCAACGUAGGUCAAAAGAUUUUAUCGGCAAUGAUUUUAUUAAAGAAGUCUUGCCGCCAAAGCAGAAGAUCGCGGCUCUUUUGAAGGCCCAAUUUGGAAGUGUUACAUCUAAACUUAACGUAAUAAAAGUAUAAAACCCUCGUUAUUUAUUGUUUGAUACAUACAAUAGAAUAAAGUUGCUCUCGUCAAAACCUUACAAAUAAGAAAAAUGAUAUCUACAUACUAUCUAGGUCGUAUUUUUUUUUUUUUUGUCAAACUUUUAGUAAAUGUUUUCUAUAAUGGUUAUUUUAUUCAUGGAGUUGAAGUCUUGAAGAGUUUAUUUAAAAAAAAAAAAGAAGAGGAAGUGUAUAUUGAUUGAAAUUAAUUACAAUGGUUGGUAGUCAUUAUUCAUAUUU